AUGGGUCUAUUUCAAACCCAGAUCAGAUUAUGGUUUUUGAAUUCAGUUAUCACUCUGGAAGGAUGGGUUGACAUCAUGUACUAUGUUAUGGAUGCUCACUCCUUCUACAAUUUUAUAUAUUUUAUACUACUCAUCAUUGUGGGCUCAUUCUUCAUGAUCAACCUGUGCCUGGUGGUCAUCGCCACGCAGUUCUCUGAGACGAAGCAGCGAGAGAACGCCCUGAUGCGCGAGCAGCGAGCUCGCUACAUGUCCAAUGACUCCACGCUGGCCAGCUACAGCGAGCCGGGCUCCUGCUACGAGGAGAUGCUCAGAUACGUCAGCCACCUCUACCGGAAACUCACACGCAGGCUGCAGAGAGUCUACAUCAGCUGGCACAGCAAACGCCGCAAGAAGGUGAACCCCAACGGAGGGGGCGGGGCCUCGGGCCAGGGGGGCAGUCGAAGCAGCUCCGGGAGCGCCCCCUGGCUCCGCCCCCUCCACGCCCUCCUGCAGCAUCACCAGCACCACCACUGUCACCUUAGCAACGGCGGACAUAGUGUCGUGGCAACUACGUCCGGGGAGGAGCUGGAGAUGAGGUCGCUGGGCCCUCAGGAGCCGGUCAGGCCCCCUGGGGGUCACCCCGGGGUGACUCCCGGGAUGGGGGCUCUCCUGGGGAGGCUGAACGGGGGGAUGAACUACCCCACCAUCCUGCCCUCCUUCAUCUGCAGCUACAGCAGCAGCUCCGCCUCCCACCCUCACAGCCCCGGCCCCCGGCCCCUGCACCAGCACACAGACACACUCAACAAGCUGCACCAGCUCAUGGGACAGCACAGUCGUCAGAGGCUGCUGUACCAGCUGGCGGGCGUGGUGCCCAGCCCCCUGCUGCUGGAGCUGCUGUCCUGCCCGCUGUGUGCUCGCGCCCUGGAGAGCCUGGAGCUGGACCUGGGCGGGCAGGACGCGCCCAGGGGGGAGGCAGACACUGUGCACGACUUCCCCCAGGGAGGAGAGGCGUGGCGCGGGCGCGGCAGGGCCCGGCGCAGGCCCGUGCUGGAGCAGAGGAGCCGUGUGGCUCAGCUGUGGGGGCGCUUCAGAGACAGGCUGAAACGUAUCGUGGACAGCAAAUACUUCAACAGAGGGAUCAUGAUAGCAAUCCUCAUCAACACUCUCAGCAUGGGCAUCGAGUACCAUGAACAGCCAGAGGAGCUGACAGAUGUUCUGGAGAUCAGUAACAUCGUCUUCACCAGCAUGUUUGUGCUGGAGAUGGUCUUCAAGCUCUGGGCUUUCGGGCUGUUCGGCUACAUUAAGAACCCCUACAACAUCUUUGAUGGCAUCAUCGUCAUCAUCAGCGUGUAGAUCAUCGGCCAGGCGGACGGAGGGCUCUCAGUGCUGCGCACGUUCCGUCUCCUGCGUGUGCUGAAGCUGGUCAGGUUCCUGCCCGCUCUGAGGAGGCAGCUGGUGGUCCUGAUGAAGACCAUGGACAACGUGGCCACCUUCUGCAUGCUGCUCAUGCUGUUCAUCUUCACCUUCAGCAUCCUGGGCAUGCACCUGUUUGGCUGUAAGUUCAGUGUGCAGACAGAGAAUGGAGACACCGUCCCAGACCGCAAGAACUUCGACUCCCUGCUGUGGGCCAUCGUCACUGUGUUCCAGAUCCUGACUCAGGAGGACUGGAAUGUGGUGUUGUAUAGCAUGGCCUCCACCUCUCCCCUGGCUGCUCUCUACUUCAUCACUCUCAUGACCUUCGGGAACUACGUCCUCUUCAACCUGCUGGUGGCCAUCUUGGUGGAGGGCUUUCAGGCUGAGGGGGAUGCCAACCGUUCAGACUCUGAUGAGGAGAAGAAGUCUGACAACUUUGAGGAGGAGGAGAAGGUGGAGCAGCUCCGAGACUCAGAGCUGAAGAUGUACUCUCUGAUGAUGACGGCCAACGGCCACAUAGAUCCACGUGGCACGUUGGCUCCUCCUAUUAUUAUGCGAACAGCAGCCACACCCAUGCCCACACCCAAGAGUUCAUUGGGCCCUGAGUCCAUUCUAGGGGAGGGGUUUAUGUACCAAGAGGAGGGGCUUCUGUACGGAGAGGCGGGGUUGGGCUUCGCUGGAGAGUCUCGUCGUGGUAGCUCCGCCUCCAUUGAUCCCUCAGCCUAUGACCAGCGAUCUCUGUCCAGCCCUGGCCGGCGCUCCCCCCUGGGCCCCCGGCGCUCCCCCCUGUGCCCCCGGCCCCCCGGCUCCUGGAGCAGCCGCCGGUCCAGCUGGAACAGCCUCGGACGAGCCCCCAGCCUCAAGCGCAGGGACACAAGCGGAGAGAGGGAGAGCCUGCUGUCUGGGGAGGGAGGGGAGGAGGGGAGGGAGGAGGAGGAGGGGAGGGAGGAGGAGGAGGCUGGAGCAGGGGGCAAGGGGCAGGGGCCAGGGGGCAGGGGGCACCCGGGGUCUUUGGAGCUUCUGCAGGCGUCCUCCCUGUGCCCGGCGCUAGCAGGCGAGUAUGGGGGCUGUAAUGGCCGGAGCCUCCACGUGACCUACGACCCCAACAUCCAUCCUGACCUGGGGAAGGAUGACUCCUCUCCUGAGGAUGACAUGGAGGACGAUAGCAUGUGUUUCCGGGUCAGGAGAAUGCUGCGCAGCCACAAGCCUCGCUGGUGUAGAGAGCAUGAAGACUUUACUCUCUACCUGUUCUCCCCAGAGAACCCGUGUCGUGUGUGGUGCAAGAGGUUGAUCUCACACAGGAUGUUCGAUCAUGUGGUCCUGGUCUUCAUCUUCCUCAACUGCAUCACCAUCGCUCUGGAGAGACCAGAUAUACUGCCCCACAGCACGGAGCGAGUGUUUCUGAGUGUGUCCAACUAUGUGUUCACUGUGAUCUUCCUGGCAGAGAUGGGAGUGAAGGUGGUGGCGCUGGGUUUCUGCUGGGGGAAGCAGACCUACCUGCAGAGCAGCUGGAACGUUCUGGAUGGUCUGCUGGUGUUCGUGUCCCUGGUGGACAUCCUGGUGUCCGUGGCAUCAUCGGGAGGGAACAAGAUCCUGGGCAUCCUCAGAGUCCUGCGCCUCCUACGCACCCUCCGCCCUCUCAGGGUGAUCAGCAGAGCUCCAGGUCUGAAGCUGGUGGUGGAGACUCUCAUCACAUCUCUCAGGCCCAUAGGAAACAUCGUCCUCAUCUGCUGUGCAUUCUUCAUCGUGUUUGGAAUACUGGGGGUGCAGCUCUUCAAGGGGAAGUUCUACCACUGUGAGGGUGAGGAUACCAGGAACAUCACUAACAGGUCCGACUGCCUGCAGGCUCAGUACCGCUGGAUACGCAGGAAAUACAACUUUGAUAACCUGGGACAGGCUCUGAUGUCUCUCUUCGUGCUGUCCUGUAAGGAUGGUUGGGUUAACAUCAUGUAUGAUGGUCUGGAUGCUGUUGGAGUGGAUCAGCAGCCGGUGAGGAACCACAAUCCCUGGAUGCUGCUGUUCUUCAUCUCCUUCCUGCUCAUCGUGAGCUUCUUCGUGCUGAACAUGUUCGUGGGCGUGGUGGUGGAGAACUUCCACAAGUGCCGUCAGGACCAGGAGGAGGAGGAGGCGAAGCUGCGGGACGAGAAGAGGGUCAAGAUCCUGGAGAAAAAGCGCAGGAAGGCUCAACAGAGGCCCUACUACGCAGAUUACUCUCCCCUGCGUGUGUCCAUCCACACCCUGUGCACCAGCCACCACCUGGACCUGUUCAUCACUGUCAUCAUCUGCAUCAACGUCAUCACCAUGUCUCUGGAGCACUACGACCAGCCUCAGUACCUGGAGGAGAUUCUGAAGUACUGUAACUACGUCUUCACCUUCAUCUUCAUCAUCGAGGCUGUCCUGAAGAUGGUAGCCUUUGGACUGCGACGCUUCUUCAAGGACAGGUGGAACCAGCUGGACCUGGCCAUAGUGCUGCUGUCCAUCAUGGGCAUCACUCUGGAGGAGAUUAAGAUGAGCGCCGCCCUGCCCAUCAACCCCACCAUCAUCAGGAUCAUGAGGGUUCUGAGGAUCGCACGAGUGCUGAAGCUGUUGAAGAUGGCAACUGGGAUGAGAUCUCUACUGGACACUGUCAUGCAGGCACUGCCCCAGGUGGGGAAUCUAGGUUUGCUCUUCAUGUUGCUGUUCUUCAUCUACGCAGCGCUUGGAGUCGAGCUCUUCGGGAAACUGGAGUGUAACGACAGCAACCCAUGUGAGGGUCUGAGUCGUCACGCCACAUUUGAGAACUUUGGGAUGGCCUUUCUCACGCUGUUCAGAGUGUCAACCGGAGACAACUGGAACGGCAUCAUGAAGGACACCCUGCGUGAGUGCAGGCCAGAGGAGCGCUCCUGUCUGUCCUACCUGCCCCUGGUGUCUCCUCUGUACUUCGUCACCUUUGUGCUGAUCGCUCAGUUUGUGCUGGUGAACGUGGUGGUGGCGGUGCUGAUGAAGCACCUGGAGGAGAGCAACAAGGAGGCCAAGGAGGAGGCAGAGAUGGACGCGGAGAUCCAGCUGGAGAUGGAGAGAGCCCGCCGUGUUAGCUCCGCCUCCAACACCAGCUCGCUGGGCGGGAACUAUGUGGGGCCACGCCCACACUCCCCCGGACAGGAGGAGGAAGUGAACUGCGCCCAAGAGAAUUUGCUGUCGCCAAGGAAGAUGUCUGUAUCCAGGAUGCACUCUCUGCCCAAUGACAGCUACAUGUUCCAGCCCGUCCGCCCCGCUAGCGCCCCCUACCUUCUGGAGGAGGUGGAGCCCAGCCCACAGCACCAGCACUCAGGCUCAGUGACGUCUAUCCACUCCCAGCCGUGUGAGGGGCGUGGCUUGUUGCAGGUUCCCAGCCUCUCCCCUCCUCCCCUCCCCCUCCUCCCCCCUGCUCCCCCACACGCCCUCACCCUUCCACGCAUCGCCCCUCCCAGGCCCAGCACCUCACCCAGGCCCAGCACCUCACCCAGGCCCAGCACCUCACCCAGGCCCAGCACCUCACCCAGGCCCAGCACCUCACCCAGGCCCAGCACCUCGCCCAGGGCCCUUUGUAGACAGGUAGCUGUUAAGGUGGAUUCAGUUGAGUCCCCAGGCUGGGAGCAGCACCAAGACAGAGCAGAGGCCCUCCCCAGGCCUCCAGCCCCGCCCAGCGACCCCCAGGUCUCCCCCUGCUUGCCCCCCCGCCCCUUGAGCAGCGACCCCCAGGCCUCCCCCCGCUCCCCACCUUCCCUGGGCGACCCAGCUGACGAUGAGGUGUGUCACAUCACAAGCUCAGCUCACCAUCGGAGGAGGUACCAUGAGGGGCACGGUGGGCGCAGCCACUCCCUCUCCCCGUACGCCACGCCCCUCCCCCCGCCUGCCCUGAGGAGCCGAGGGAGCGCGCUCAGUCUGCUGGGGGCGGGGCUUAGGGAGCGCGACCUCAGGAAGGGCUUCAGCGUGGACACACAGGGCUUCCUGGACACGCCCCCCGGUUGCCCUGAUGACCAUCGGCGCCACUCCAUCGAGAUCUGCCCCCCCCAGCCCAAGGAGGAGGAGGGAGGUGAGAAGGGGGGUAGGGCCUUCCCUGUCAGGGUCCAGUCAGUGGGGGGGGGGCAUAGGAAGAAGAAGAUGAGCCCCCCUUGCAUCUCCAUCCACCCGCCCCCCGAGAGGGAGGCCCCCCCGCCCCCCGAGAGGGAGGCCCCCCCGCCCCCCGAGCUGUCUGACUGCAGCAUGAUGCUGAGGAGGAGGACCCCAUCAUUCCACACACACACCACCUCACACACACACACCACCUCACACACACACACCCCCUCACACACACACACCCCCUCACACACACACACUGCCGACCUCCCAGAGACCCCCCCACACACACACACCCCCACACACACACACACCCCCACACACACACACACACCCUUACACACACACACCCCCUUACACACCGCCGACCUCCCAGACACCCCCACACACACACUCCUGCCUGCACACACCCCGACACACCCCCCCAAGCAGACACACACACUGGCAGCCAUGUCUGGCCAUACACUCACACACCCCCUCACACACACACACCCCCUCACACACACACACCCCCUCACACACACACACACCCUCACACACACACACCCCCUCACACACACACACCCCCUCACCCCUACUCACACUCACAGUAUCUCUCUGUCUCACACAUCCACACACAUGCCGUCUUCCACCUCAAGACACCCCUCCCUCUGCACUGACCAUGUUCCCGUCCCCCAGUUCACCUUUGACCAAUCAGAAGCCAGAUAUGUGAGUGACUUGUCAACCGUUCUAUCAGACAGUGAUCCGGCCAUAUGUCCCUCCCCCUUUGACAACAGACUGGAGGGGGAGAAGGGGUUCAGCUCGAUGAACAGGAGGACUGCCCAGUGAGAGCUGAUCUUAAUAUUGUGAGAGGGAAGGUGCUGGUUGCACCUAGCAGGGGCUGUGGCCUGCUCCCAGAGAGGAGGAGGAGGAGAGAGGAGGAGGAGGAGGAGGAGGAGGAAGGAAGGAGUCAGUCCUAGCCUGUGAUGGUGACACUUGUUCCAGGACUGGGCAGAAGACAGCACACCAGAACUAAAGCCACCUAACUCUGUAGCCAAAGUAUUUCUGACACUCCGUCCCCACACGAGCCAAUCAGGAACCAGCGUCUGGCUGAAGACCUCUGACCCUAACAGGAAGCGGUUGUGCUGUGAGCGUGGGGGGACUUGUGGGAUAUGCAACUUGAGGUUUUCUGCAGGAGUUCAGCACACCCCUCCUGCUCCUGGAUCACAUUGAUCAGAGCGGAGGGAAGUGUGUGUGUGUUAUUGUGCGUGUGUGUUAUUGUGUGUGUGUGUUAUUGUGUGUGUGUGUUAUUGUGUGUGUGUGUGUGUGUGUGCUCUCUUGGUCAUGGAAGACGGUCAUGUUUUGUCUCCUGCACAGACCGAGAGUGGAGCUGGGCAGAGUUACAUGUGGUAUGUGUCUCUCGCAAUGUAAAUAAAGAACAUAAUUGUGUUGGUGACAUAAAAAAUAGAUAUUUGCUCCAUCCAUAUGCACAUAUUUUUAUAGAGAUCUAUAAUGUUUUUUGCACACAACAAUUUGAAUUUCCAGUUUCUUGUUUUCCCUCUGUUGUCCUCUUGUGAAUGUAUGUGUUCUACAAACAGACGAGCACAGUCCAGUCCUCAUAUAGAGAUGAGGAGGAGGUGUGUUGUUGUAGUCUGGUCCAGGGUCCAGCAGCAGGACUGACCUGCUGGGACUGACCUGCUGGGACUGACCUGCUGGGACUGACCUGCUGGGACUGACCUGCUGGGACUGACCUGCUGGGACUGACCUGCUGGGACUGACCUGCUGGGACUGACCUGGGACCAGAUGGUGUUUGUGUUGAUGUAAAGAGAACCAAACUAAUCGUGUGUAGCCCGAGUGCAAUAAUUACUAUCAGUGUGUAACUAUAGAAACAGAUACACCAUGUAACACACACACACACACACACACACACACACACACAAGACUCUGCUGGUGUACCUAUACAUAGGAUUAUAUCUAUCAACUUUUGUGUACUAGAGUACGUGUACUAUAUCUCUCCCUAGUGUUCAUGCUAAUGUAGGCUGUGUGUGGUUGUGUGUGUGGCUGCUGUUGCGUAGUUUCACCAGGGCCACCUGUAGUACAGCUGUGAUCCAGACAGUAUGUUGCGUCAUUUCAGCAGGGCCACUUGUAGUUAAGCUGUGUAGUACAGCUGUGUAGUACAGCUGUGUAGUACAGCUGUGAUCCAGACACUAACUAGAAUCUCCCCAGCAGUACCAGAUAAGCCAUUCUCAGGUCCCCCUCAUCUCUAAGACCAUGAUCCCCCCCUCACACACACACCUGCAGGACUGACACACACACACCUGCAGGACUGACACACACACACUCACAGGACUGACACACACACACACCUGCAGGACUGACACACACACACACACACACCUGCAGGACUGACACACACACCUGCAGGACUGACACACACACACACACACACACCUGCAGGACUGACACACACACACCUACAGGACUGACACACACACACCUGCAGGACUGACAUACACACACUCACACCUACAGGACUGACACACACACACUCAUCAGGUUCUGCUCUUGCACUCAAACCAAAUCCUCAGGCCGCAGCCGUGCACAAACAGCAUGCAUGUAGAGGAUCAAAUAUAUCACGCAAAUAUAUGAGAAAAUAUAUAUCAAUAUUUAUUAUUUAUUUCUGGAGGGAUGUUGCUUGUUUCUUCUUUAUUCUACCCUUUUUGAUCUGUGAUCUUUAUUGGAGGGAAACAUGAGUUUUGAUGAAGAUAACAUUUGUUUAAUUGUUUGAAAAGACAAGCCUGAUCUCUACUAAAGGGCAAACUGUGUGACCUUUCACCCCUGACGAGGUGCCUAAAGGUCAGUGACACUAUCAGGCAAUGUUCAGUGGGCUGCAGUGUUGCAUAACAUUCUGACAGAAUGAAGCCACAUAGAUACAUGCCCACUUGUUACAGAAUAUUUUUGAAACAUGUUGUGUAACGUUAUCAAUAUUUAAUGUCAUACUGUCCUGAACGCAGCCCUGGAUGGUUAAUAAAAGUAUUUGUUCAUUUCAACAGCUGGACUGAAGACAUUCGAUCACAUUUCCUCCUGCUGAAACACUUCGGUUCUGCAUAAGUUCUCCUCUGACACGAUCAGUAAAGACCCAUCUCUAUCGCCAUAUUAAUCAAGACGAUUUGGUCGAGUUUUAAAAAAGUGUAGUUAGACGGUGUUCACAGGUGUGAACCUUCAUGUUUUUGGAAGAAAUGUUUUUUGACGAUUGCAUGCAUUGAGAAAAUCUUUUAAAGAGACAUUUGGAUGUUUCGGGGAUUUUUGAUAUUUCACUGAUGUUUCCAUUAGUAGAUUGAUGACCUACUUGCACUGGGCUCCAUUUGGUUGGUAUCUUAAUGUAUACUGAUUAAAUUAUCCUCUUAUUUAUUGUCCAAUGCAAUACUUUCUUGGUGUGUCUACAGUGUUAGGGAGCCGGGGUAUGUGUCCAGGGGUUGAAACAUGGUUUGUUCUUAAUGUGACCUCCCAUGUUGUCAUGGGAAUGUGUCCGAUGGUCAUGACGAUCAUGAUAACGAUGGUGAUGAUGACCUGUCAAACUGUGGCAUCCUGAGUGAAUAGGCGACCAUCUGAGCUGAGGUGGAACAACUGACCAAUUACACGCCUUGUGUGUUUUUUGAUCCCUUCCAUGAUUGGCCCAGGCAUCGCCCUCAGACCUUGUAAGCAGAGAGCAGGUGUUCUGGCUGUCUGAGGAGGAAUCCUGUCUGCAAUAAUCCCACACAGAUGCAUCCAGGCCUGGGGGAGGCAGAUGCUAACCCUAACCCUCCAGGCCUGGGGGAGGCAGAUGCUAACCCUAACCCUCCAGGCCUGGGGGAGGCAGAUGCUAACCCUAACCCUCCAGGCCUGGGGGAGGCAGAUGCUAACCCUAACCCUCCAGGCCUGGGGGAGGCAGAUGCUAACCCUCCAGGCCUGGGGGAGGCAGAUGCUAACCCUCCAGGCCUGGGGGAGGCAGAUGCUAACCCUAACCCUCCAGGCCUGGGGGAGGCAGAUGCUAACCCUCCAGGCCUGGGGGAGGCAGAUGCUAACCCUCCAGGCCUGGGGGAGGCAGAUGCUAACCCUCCAGGCCUGGGGGAGGCAGAGGGAGUCUGGAGGGAGGGGCAAGGAGUUAAGGGAGAGUUUUUGAAGGCUAACAAUACUUUAAACAUUGAAUUGUUGCUGAUUAUUGUGUGAUGAUCAAACAAUGUCUCUGAAGAAGCUACCCAUGUCUCCCUAUCUGAGAGAUAAACCUUUUUUAAAUUCC